UGUUGUUUAUUUUCAUUUGGAUCUUCACCCUGCUUCACCAAAAAUGCUUGCAAACUAACUGAAGUAUUGAAUUUCAGAGAGAGAAGUACAUUUUAUGAGUCAAAGUUCAAUUCAUAAGUGUUCUUAUUGGUCUCUGCCAUCAACUUUGGAUUGACUGCCAGUGCAAUAUGGCACAUCUUAAAGAAUUACUGAGGAAAUGUUCUCAAACUAAUUCGAAAAAAGAAACAAAAACAGAAGAGGAGCUCUUUUCUAAAUUUUACAAAGAAUGGAAGACAACCUCUGGUCCAGUUGAUUCGUCGUAUAGCACAAUUCCCAGAUUUUACUUUAAGCUUCCCAGUGAGGAUGAAGUCCUUCCUCAAAAACUACGGGAGGAGGCUCGUGCAAUGUUUCUUCAAAGAAGAAGCCGUCAGUUGUUAGAUAACAAUGAACUUAAGGCCCUUUGGGUUCUCCUUGACAAAAAUCAUAGUCCACCGCAUGCUGCUGACAAGCAGCUUAUAAAUUAUGAUGACUUUCUCAAAGUGGCAGCAGAGGCUGGACCUAAAUGCAAAAGCUAUCUUACACCUAGUGUUUUUGCUAAACUCCAAUUGAAAGAAUCUCAUGGCAGAAUCAGUAUUAUGGCUCUCUUUAAUUAUGUCAUGCGAAAAGUGUGGUUACACCAAACAAGAAUUGGUUUGUCACUAUAUGAUGUGACUGGACAAGGAUAUUUGCGAGAAUCAGACCUUGAAAAUUACAUAUUAGAGUUGAUUCCAACUUUACCUCAGCUUGAUGGCUUAGAAAAAUCAUUCCACAGUUUUUAUGUAUGCACGGCAGUGAGAAAAUUUUUAUUCUUCCUUGAUCCUUUACAUACAGGAAGAGUUCGCAUUCAAGACAUACUUGCCUGCAGUUUUCUUGAUGAUUUAUUGGAGUUGCGAGAUGAAGAUUUGCCAAAGGACCUCCAGGAAGCCAAUUGGUUUUCUGCUCCCUCUGCAUUAAGAGUCUAUGGACAAUAUCUUAACUUGGACCGUGAUCACAAUGGAAUGUUAAAUAAAGAAGAGUUGGCAGGCUAUGGAACAGGAACUUUGACAACUGUUUUCCUAGAACGUGUAUUUCAGGAAUGUUUAACAUAUGACGGUGAAAUGGACUACAAGACGUAUUUAGAUUUUGUUCUAGCACUUGAAAACCGCCAUGAGCCCCAAUCCUUACAUUACCUAUUCAGGAUAUUGGAUAUAAACAAUCAGGGGUAUCUUGACACGUUCUGCUUGAAUUUCUUCUUUCGGGCAAUACAAGAACAAAUGUCAGUACAUGGUCAGGAGCCUGUUAACUUUGAAGAUGUCAAAGAUGAAAUAUUUGACAUGGUUAAGCCACAGGACCCCACGAAAAUAACUCUCCAAGAUCUUCUAAACUGUGGCCAGGGGGACACAAUGGUUAGCAUUUUAAUUGACUUAAAUGGAUUUUGGACUUAUGAAAACAGAGAAGCAAUGGCAGCUGACACUACAGACUCAACAGAUGAAGCUGCUGAAGUCUGAAAAUUAAUAAAUGUAAACAAAAAUUUCAUUCCAUCAUGAUAUUUUGACUGAUAACUCUGUGA